UCCGAACUAUGCAGAUCCUCAAGUAAGAAGCAAGAAUUGCUUUCAAAAAUUCGCGACGAGAAACCAACGAUAAAAAUGAAUCAAAGUCCAACGGUUUAUGUGCCAACAAAAAGGACGGACGAAGUUGAUUGGGCAGGCCCUCUGAAACGUUACAUUCAAACGACAUAUCAAGAAGACCCGGAAAAGUAUGCUGACGAAGCUAAUUCCAUUCACCGCCUAAGACAAGAUAUGAGAGGUGCUGCUCAAGAAUGUUUUCUUGAACAAAGUCUGGGAGCCAAAAAUAAACCUACACUGAUAGCUAAGAUAGCAGCACAAGCCGGUUGGUCAUACGGAAACAUCGUUGAAAAUAUAUCUGAUUUGAUCUCGAGAAAUGUGUUUGAUCGUAGUUGGCUGACAGUUUGUCAGAUUAAGCAUAAAUACUUCUCAUCGAUUGCCCAAUAUCAAAAAUCAAUAGCCUGUGAAGGAGAAGUUAAAUACGGCGAAUGCGUUGGUCGUCUUAAUAUUGCAGAAAAUUUGGCCAAGGAGGCCAAUAAGUUGUCCAACAGUUUUGUAUCAGCUUUUUCACCGACUGCGACCCAGACUCUUCCUCCUGACGCAGCAACAUCUUUGCAGGACCUCACAAAGUCGAAUUUGGCUCUUAUUACAGAAAAAAAAAACUCAGCAACUCGUGAUAAUGAUAUAAUAUAUCACGAGGUCGUUCCACAAGAAAGUGUUAUUCCACCAAUUGACAAGUUAAUUGCGGCGAAACCAAUACCCAUACAGGAUCUUUAUCUACCCAACGAAAUCCAAAGGGUUAUAGGUCCAGAUAUUUUCCAGCGUUUAAUUCCAUUAUCGGUUCAUGAGUCUGCAUCUUUAUACUCCGAAGAGAAAGCUAAGAUGGUUCGCAGUGAGACCGAAAGAUGUGAUUUAGCAAAUGGAGAAUUGGAAGCUGCAUUAGAGUAUAUGAAAUUGCCAGGCGCCUUGUCUAAAUUUCGUAACAAUGAUAUUAGAUCUUUUAGCGAGCUUUCUAUUCCCACUUCAGAAGUCAAACAGUGGGCAAAAUCAAUUAAAGAUGAAGAACAAAAGGGGUCUAUUAAAGACUUAUUAAUGACUCUGAAUAGUUUGAAAGGUCGAUCGAAAGAAGUCCUAGAUGAGAUAUCCAAACUGUUAGAUGCUGAACAACGAGAUUACGAAUCCUUGAAGGCAAAAUAUGGAGACUCAUGGAGUCAACGUCCAUCUUCAUCGCAUACUACAGUUUUUCAUCAAGAUUUACUUAAUCAUCUCGAUGCACUCGAGAAAGCAAACAGCUCUGAUAGGGAAUUACUCCAAAGAAUUGAUCAGGCGAUGCCCGACAUUAUGUUGUUGCGUAACGGUGAGAACAGUGAUGAACUAGAAAAAACCUUUGCUGAGGCAUUAUCUUUUGUCAGUAAUAUAAGAGAGGCAGAUAGUUCAAAUUUAAAUGUUGGUGAAAGUCUUUUGGAUGUUGACGCGCCACGAGCAGAAGAGGAAAUUCUGUUCAAGGUUAAUCAAAUUGAUGAAUGCUUAAGUAAUUUGCAUAAAGUUAGAAAAGAAAGGAUGGACACUUUGAAUGAUUUGAAGGAUAAAACGCACCAAGACGAUAUAUCACACCUUCUCAUUCUAAAUAAAAAAACACAAAACAUUGAACCGCAACUUUUUGCAACCGAACUAGAAAAGUUUGCACCCUAUAGAAAUCGAAUCACGGCUAGCAUCCAUCAUCAACAAGCUUUAUUGCAAGAGUUGACUGUGUUAUACAAAAACCUAAUGGAGGACGAAGAAGCUAGAACAUUACAGGAACGAUGGGAUCAAGUGGAACGUAAAAGAAAAGAUGUUUGUGAAAGAUUGAGAAAAGCCAAAGAUAAUUACUUGGAAGUCAAGGACGGUUUGAGUAAGGGCAUCAACUUUUAUAUUGAUCUUACUGAUUUGAUCGAGAGCCUUGAAAAGACUGUUCAAAAAUUUGUUAAAUCACGACAAGAAGAACGAAAUGAACUAGUGCAAUCUAUAAAGAUUCAAGAUCAGCAAAUGUUGAAAGAUCAGUUGAGCAAAGUGAAUGCGCCUACUACAGCUCCUUCCAAUAAUGGAAAUAGUUUAUAUGACCUUACAUAUCUAGUUGAAGAAACAAGUAAAUUGUCGCUCAACUGUGGUACUCAAGGAUCCAACGUAUAUUCUAGUUCUAUUAAUCGAGAAAUAAAAACGAGCAAUACGUCUACAAUUCCAAAUUCCCAAGCCGUGUCUUCAACUCCAAGCACACAUGUACGCCAAGAUUCCUAUCCUCCGACAGUUGCGCAAUCAUUUAGUAAUCCUUCGGCCCCCCCAAGACCAUCAGCACCUGAAUCACCUACUUCAUAUUACGCGCCACCACCAUCUCAAAGACUUUCAAUUAUUUCAACACAAUCCUCAUCUGCGUAUCCUAUGCAACCAGUGCUACCGCCCAAGACCCAAGCUCCACCCUUACCUCCGUUACCAACGGGCUAUAAUCAGCAGAAUAAUACUUAUAUUUCACACCAACCAACACCUCAAUCCCACCAGCUAUCUCAUCAAACAUCUACAUCACAACCAUUGCCUCAAGGUCAACCUUACAACGGGCAAUUCCAGUCUCAAUUAUCGGCUGCUCAACUAAACUAUCAUAUAACGCAAAUUCCGCCUUCGCAGCAACAAUUUCAACAAUCUUCUUAUUCGAGACCUUCAAGCUUGUAUGGCGCUCCGCCUUUAGUUCCAUCCCAGCCAUCAGCACAGCCAAGCAAUACUACGGCAAAUUUUCGAUAUCCACAGUCAGCACCUCAACAGGGGUCACCUGCACAAAGACAAUCGACGUACGACAACAAUACUACACCACCUUCACCGGGCGGUUAUGCCUCAUUACAGCAAUCAACCUACGAUAAUUACACCACGCCACCACCUUUGCCAAGCGGUUAUACUUCAUUGCCAUCUGUGCCGCAACAAUAUCAGGCCCCACAACAAUAUCCUCUAGGAUUUCACCCGCAAGUACAACGCCCUCCUUCUCAAGCUUUACCACUACAGCAACCACCAGUUCAAUUUCAAACAAAUUCGAUUCCACCAGCCCCAUUGCAACAAUAUCAACAACCUAAUCAACCUAUCCCACCACAGCAAGGAUACUACCAAUCAACAGUCACCUCACAGAAUAACCCGAGGUUUCAAGCAAAUUAUAUGCAGACUGCACCUCCACAGAAACCUCCACAGCAGAAUUACGAUAGUCAUUCAUUGUUGGAUUGA